AUGGCUAAAACCAAACAAAUCAAAAAUUUUACUUUGAAUUUUGGACCUCAACAUCCUGCUGCUCAUGGUGUUUUACGAUUAGUAUUAGAAAUGAAUGGAGAAGUUGUAGAACGCGCGGAACCGCAUAUUGGAUUACUUCAUAGAGGCACAGAAAAAUUAAUCGAGUAUAAAACUUAUCUUCAAGCUUUACCUUAUUUUGAUCGUUUAGAUUAUGUUUCUAUGAUGGCCCAAGAACAUGCUUAUUCUUUAGCUGUAGAGAAACUUUGUAAUUGUGAGGUACCAUUACGAGCUCAGUAUAUACGAGUGUUAUUUUGUGAAAUAACUCGAAUUUUAAAUCAUUUACUUGCUUUAACUACUCAUGCUAUGGAUGUGGGAGCAUUAACUCCGUUCCUGUGGGCCUUUGAAGAGCGAGAAAAACUUUUAGAAUUCUAUGAAAGAGUUUCAGGAGCCAGGAUGCAUGCCAGUUACAUACGACCAGGCGGAGUUGCACAAGACAUGCCUUUGGGCUUAAGUGAAGAUAUUUUUCUAUUUACACAACAAUUUGCUUCUCGUAUUGACGAAAUAGAAGAAAUGUUAACCAACAAUCGUAUCUGGAAACAACGAUUAGUUGAUAUUGGUACUGUCACUGCACAGCAAGCUUUGGAUUGGGGAUUCAGUGGUGUAAUGUUAAGAGGCUCAGGCGUAUGCUGGGAUUUGCGAAAAUCAGCACCUUACGAUGUUUAUAACCAAUUGAGUUUUGAUGUACCCGUAGGUACCAGAGGAGAUUGUUAUGACCGUUAUUGUAUUCGUAUUGAAGAGAUGCGACAAAGUAUUCGAAUCAUUAUGCAAUGUCUUAAUCAAAUGCCUAGUGGCAUGAUUAAAGCGGAUGAUCGUAAGCUAUGUCCUCCCUCACGAUCUCAAAUGAAACAAUCCAUGGAAUCUUUAAUUCACCAUUUUAAACUUUAUACAGAAGGUUUUUCUGUACCAGCUUCUUCUACCUAUACCGCAGUAGAAGCACCUAAAGGAGAAUUUGGUGUGUUUUUAGUCAGUAAUGGAACCAAUCGUCCUUAUCGUUGUAAAAUAAGAGCACCUGGUUUUGCUCAUUUACAAGGGCUCGAUUUUAUGUCUAAGCAUCACAUGCUAGCAGAUGUUGUUACCAUAAUUGGUACUCAAGAUAUUGUUUUUGGAGAGGUAGAUAGAUAG